AGCGCUUAUCUACAUCUCCAACAAUAACAGACUGUUGAAGUUGUCAAAAAGUGGUCAAGGAAAACCAAGAGAAGAGUGCCAAAACCAUAAAGCCUUCAGUCAUAUGUGUAAGGUCAAAGAUGGUUCAAGACAGUGCCCACAUUUGGCAGCGGGGUGCCCAGGACUUUAUGGCAUACUAUGACUUUGCCUGUGCCAGACAGGAGUCAGUCCCUCUCCCUGCUGUCAAGAUGAACCUUGACAAAGGGAUGCUGGACUUUAAUGGAGACAGGGUCAAACUCACAGACUGGCCGCCCAUUCUCAGUUCCAUCAGCAUCAACAAACACCUGCACCACAUUGCAAUAAGUAGCACAUAUCAGGCUAGUCUGGCUUCUGGAGACGCAGACAGAAGGUACUUUAAGUCUAGCCUCAGGAAGAGGAUCCCAGCCAUUCGCUCUAAGGAUAUGACAUUUAAGUUGUGCAAGGCCCUGAGAGAGUGUCUGACUGUCUCCCCCAACCUCAAGACUAUGCAGCUUAAUGGACUUCCACUGAGAGAGAGGGAUCUCAUCACUUUAACAAAGGGUUUUGCAAAAAGUGUUUCCUUGGAAAACCUGUCUCUGGCCAACUGUCCAAUCUCUGACGAGGGCUUAGAGAUCAUUUGCCAAAGUGUUAAGUACUCUACAAGCAUCAGGACAGUAGAUUUUACAGGAUGCAAUCUCACCUGGAGAGGGGCAGAACAUAUGGCCAACAUCAUCAAGCAUCAGGGAAUGCAGAGGCAUGGUACUGCAUGGGCAGAAUCUCUGAGGUAUCGGCAGCCACAGUUUGAGGGAAUGGGAGGUCUCCGCCGUGUCACCCUGAACUGUAACACUUUGAUUGGGGACCGGGGUGCUGCUGCUCUCGCGCAUGAACUGACCGAGGACCUCUGGGUUAAAGCUGUGGACUUACAGAGGUGUGGUCUGUCCAAUGAAGGAGCUCGCCGUUUGCUCGAAGCCUUGAAAACAAAUUCUGCACUUUGUGUGCUGGAUAUACGAAGUAACCCUUUAGUUGACAAGGUCCUAAUUAAAACUAUACUAGAGAAAGUACUGAUGAAUGCUGAUGGACAGUCACCAGAGUACUACUGGAUCAAGCCUGCAGCCUCAGAGCCGCAGAGAGCUUCUGGUCCGAAGAGGCGAGCUCUACCCAGUACAGUCAGAGGAAAAACUACAUUCAGGAUAGCCCCUCGUAAAGGAUCAUCUCCUUCAGGACAGAGUUCAGGCGUUGCUCAGACACAGAAACCCUAUUCCCGCUCCAGCUGUGUGCCUUGGCGUGCUGCUGCACGAGCUGGACGCCAGAGAGGUAUGCCUCCUGGAGUUUGUGUGAUAGAUCAAAGCUUUGAGGGUGCAGCUACCGUGAAGGUUACUGUGGAGUCGGAAUCAGAGCAAGAGGAGGGUGAGGAGGAGGAAGAAGUUGUGGUGGAAGUGGAGCAGAGACCAUCUUCUCUUAGUCUCCAGGACCGAAUCACUGAACGGCAGUUUAAACACAUACAGAUGGAGCUAAAGGAGUGUCGUCUGAGGCUGGCAGAGGAGCGCAGAGCCAGACUGAAAGCUGAGUCAAGGCUCAUGGAGUUUGAGUUGGAGAAUGCCCGUCUUCGUGGCACCAACCUCUCCCUGUCAGAGGCACUUGCAGCCACCGGCUCUGCAUCAGCACCACCUGCUCUCGGUGCUCUUGAAGAUGAGGCAGUUCUGGAGAGCAUUGAAAGUUCAUUUACAAAGUUCCAUGCUUUCCUGGAUCUGCUCAAGGAUGCAGGCCUCGGUCAGCUAGCUUCGAUGGCUGGAAUUGACAAGUCAGAUUUCCACCCUCUGGGAAGACCUCAGCUUUCAUCUACGGUGGGACCAUAUUUGGAUGGUGCAGCAUCACUGACUGGAGGGCAGUAUCAGGAUGUUUGGGCAAAGACUGAUGCGUCAUCUUUGGUAAAGGUAGGCAGCGUCCUGCCUGCUCCCCCUGAUAGACCGGUGGACCCCACCACACCAAGAUCUUCAUCUUCUGUCAAGGAGUUUUUGCGUGAAGACAGGCCGCUAGAUAUGACCUUCAAUCGGGCUUCCGGACCUGCAGGAGACCCUGGUGUGGUUGGAGAAGAGGAAACAGAUAAAUAUUCAAAGCCUGAGACCCAGCAUGACUCAGGUUCUGAGAAAUUCUUUAAGGUUUCCUUCAAUAAAACUUUCCAGACUCAGUCAAGUCAUCCUAAGAGCAACAGCAACUCCCACCGAAGCAACGGUUCUCAUGGAUACAGCUUCAACAACAGCUAUGCCAACAGUCAUGCUUCCCAGUCAUGCAACGGGUCUCAUGGUGGAUCGUCGGUAAGGUCGAGUGUUAGCGACAUUAUCAGUGACAAGGCAGAGUCUUUGAGAUCAGUAAGGUCAAGGAACAAGGGAGAGGGAAGGCUGGUGACAGCAGGUCAGUCAGGGUCAGAGGGAUUGGAGAGGAGAGCGUAUCCUGGGAGGGAGACUCUGGAGCAGAUCAGGUCUCUGGGCUCUCUGGGACGGCAGUCAGAUGAUGAAUCCUUCUGACCUACUGACCAGUAGGAUAUGAAGAACUCCGAUCUCUGUGCCUUCUCAAAGGUUUUUCUGUUAUUUUGUAUGUAUGAUGUAGAUUUUAUACAUCUCUUUUUAAGGUACAGAUUUAUUUUUAAAUAUUCAAAGAAAGAAGGACCAGAAAGUUUUUUAAUUUUAAAGAGAGAGGACAUGGGAAGUCAAUGAAACAUCUUGUUACAUUGAAGUCAAAGUAGACAUAGAGUUGAAUGUCCUACCAAAUAGACUGUUAUAGACUGAGAAGUGAAAAAUGUAAUGUGACCGAAAAGCAAUGUAUGAUGCAUCUUGCACUCACUGAUACGUACAGUGAUUAAUUCAGCAAAGUGUAAUAGUAAAUAAUUGGGUCUCCAUGGUAACUCCACCUCAAUCAAUCUGCAAAUCAAGUUCUUCCCGAUGUGACACCGUUUCAUGUGGGAAUGCAUCAGACCUCAGGGGAAAAUGAUCUCAAGCCAUUUCAAAGGAGUUCUUAGAGUUUUGACAGAUAUUUGAUUUGUCCAUUUCUAAAAAAUCUAUGAUGUAGAAUUGUAACACUUGUUGUUCCUGUUAGGAUAUUCAGCACCUUAGAAUUUAUAUUUUUUUAAUAAACAUGUCAGCAGUUUGACAGUGUGUUUCUGAUUUUCAAAAUUCAAAAUUUAAGAACUGUACUGACAAUCUAAAGUCAGAAAUGCUAGAAAUGCACCAUCAAAGUACAUCAUGAGCCUGGUAUUGCACUAAUUUACUAAUAAAUUUCACACUUUGACAAGUUUUAAAAUAUGCCCCAACGUACCAGGGUGUCUGCAAGACCUUAAAAUAUCUUAAAUGCCUUAAAAUAUUAUACCUUAAGUCAUUAGUCUGAAAUUUGAAUUUGUGAGGUCUCAAUUGCCACAAAUAUUUUAUUGAAUUUUAUUUAUUCACCCUUCAUUAACUUCAUUUUGAGUCAAACUCUUGUGUGAAAGCCCACAUUUUUAACGUUACAAACCUUUAAACCUGCCACUGAAUCUAAAACUGUCUUUCACUUGAUACUGUCACUCACCUGUUGGCAAAAUGUAGAUUAACCUAAGUCACUAAUAACCAUAUUCCUACAUAAAACCUACCUCUACAUGGCAACACACAUUUACCUGCAAUGCUUGAAUAAGAAAAGAUGAUUUCCCCAAAAAACAGUCUUAAAUUUAGUUAUAAAUUAUCUUGAAAAAGUCUCAAAGGCAUUAAAUUUAAGUGACUGAUACCUGUAGUAGACAACUCUGUAUGCCAUGUAUAUGUCAUUAACACUUGCAAUACUGAAAACCAAUCCUGCAGUAGAUGUUCAGUGUGCUGCAACACAGAUCCUGGCAGGCUGCUCACUGAAAGUAUGUUUUUACUCCCAGUGCUGCAUGUUUGGCUCAAAUUUUCCCAUUCCCACUUUUACUUGUUUAUCCCAUGCUCUCUGUAGGAAAGGUUUAGGCUCUGUGUCUCGUAGCUUUCUAGAUGCAGCAAACUUCUUGUGGAGAAUGUGUAAAAGCUCCUUUAACAGGACCAAAAUCUGUUUACUGCAUUUUGUGGUUUACGCUCUCUUUUGGUGCUGCGUCCUGAGAGACGGAGAAAUGGGACCAGGGCAUGAUUUUUGUGGGCUGGAGUAGGACACUGUGUUCUGCUGGAUUAUGUGUGUUUUCCAUUACAAGGGAGCAGCACAUACACACACACACACACACACACACACACACACACACACACACACACACACACACAAAGUGAAAGCCAAAAGUGCAGCUCUCUGCGAAGGUGACGAGGAGUGCAUAAAGUGCUUCAUUUGUAAUGUCUUUCCAAUGUUACCUUAUCUUUUAUUCUCUUUGUGGUAUUUUCUCCCCAGAUACCUGUUUUUGCAAAUACUGGUCUGAUAAAGAGAUUUGUUGUACAAAAAA